GGUUACUGAUUUUGCCGAUCUGCUAAUUGAGUGAGAAGUAGGAAUUUUCUACAGGCAAACAAUGAUCAAAAGGCCAUUUCGGAACGUUUUUGUAACGGUAGGCACGACACAGUUCGAGGAACUGGUAAGCGCCGUCGUGUCCACGGAGGUUCUGCAGCAGCUGGAACGUUUGGGAUGUGAAGUGCUCACGAUCCAAACGGGGACCGGUUCGACUCCCGAUUUAGAGCGCGUCCAGGAGCGGUCGAGGAUUCGCAUCACUUGUUACGACCUGAAAAGCAGCAUCGGAGAGGACAUUAAACAAGCGGACCUGGUCAUUAGCCACGCCGGAGCUGGGAGCUGCAUAGAAGUGUUGGAAGCCUGCCGACCGCUGGUGGUGGUGGUCAAUGAAUCGUUGAUGGACAACCAUCAGACGGAACUGGCUGAACGGUUGAGCCGCGAUGAUCACCUUUUCUUCUGCACUCCAAGUCAACUGCACCACACGUUGGCGGAAGUGGAUUUCAGUCGGCUAAAGAAACUGGCCUCUGGUUCGUUGAACAGUUUCAUCGACCAUCUCGACAAAUGUAUGGGCUUCAAAUAGGAUAAUAGCCCAGGACAUCAGGCGGAAGUAGGGAAACAAGCGUAGAUAUCAAAGAAGAAAGAGAAAAGGGAGUGUGUGCUCAGAAGAGGAAUUUUCAGGAUCCUUCUUUGCUGAAAGCAUACUUUAUACGGAGCGCGAUGUGAUGACAUUUUUAAUAUAAAAUAUUUGUAAAAAUGAAUAAAACAAGUUUGUUCGAGAAUAAAAUCCGAUUGAGAAAAACGGUGGAUAAAAAAUUAUCCAUCUUUCCCCUAGGGGGU